GGCGGAGCGGUUCUCCUCACCGGGCGGUGUCAGUUUAAAAUGGGACAGAGGAUUAGUGAGAAGCCGACACAGGGUUUCAUUACCCCAGGUGACUUUUAUUGAAUUGCACCAGCGGACUUGAGGUGUCAGUAUGUCGGCAAAAAUCAGCACUGAGGAGAUGGAGGAGAUCAGGGAGGGCUUCCAGAAAGUGGAUCUGGAUGGUAAUGGGUACAUCACUGCCUCUGAGCUCGGCGAUCUCUUCCGUGAGGUGGGCUGCCCUUUGCCUGGAUACCAGAUCAGAGAAAUCAUUCAGAAGCUGGACAAAGACAACGACAGCCGCAUCGACCUCACAGAGUUCACGACUAUUUUCCAGGAUUUGAAGGACAGCCGCAUGGCCCAGGGUUUCAGGAAAGCUCUCAACAAGAAAGAAGGCAUCGUCGCCAUCGGGGGCACCAGCAAGAGCACCAGUGAAGGAACUCAUCAUUCGAUUUCUGAGCAGGAGCGCUUUGCCUUUGCAAACUACAUUAACACUUCUUUGGAGAAGGAUCCAGACUGUAAACAUGUCCUGCCCAUCAACCCCAGCACUGAAGCUCUGUUCAAAGCAGUGGCAGACGGCAUCGUGCUUUGCAAACUCAUCAACCUCUCCGUUCCUGACACCAUUGAUGAGAGAACCAUCAAUAAAAAAAAACUGACGCCUUUCACCACACAGGAGAAUCUGAACUUGGCUCUGAAUUCAGCCUCGGCCAUCGGCUGCCAAGUUGUCAACAUCGGAGCUCAAGACCUGAAGGAGGGAAAACCUCACCUGGUGCUCGGGCUCCUCUGGCAGAUUAUCAAGAUAGGACUGUUUGCUGAUAUACAGCUGAGCCGCAAUGAAGCUUUAGCAGCGCUGUUAGAGGAAGGGGAGAGUAUGGAAGAGUUGAUGAAACUCACUCCAGAGGAGCUGCUGCUGCGCUGGGCCAAUUUCCAUUUAAAGAAAGUUGGCAUGAGCAUAUCAAACUUUUCUGGAGAUAUUAAGGACUCCAAGGCGUACUUCCACCUGCUUGAGCAGAUUGCUCCAGACGGCAGUAAAGAGGACGUUCCGCAGAUUGAGAUCGACAUGACUGGUCUUUAUGAGAAGGAUCUUACUAAGAGAGCAGAGUAUAUGCUCACAGAGGCCCAGCGCCUCGGCUGCCGACAGUUUGUAACUGCCACCGAUGUCGUGUGUGGAAACGCCAAGCUCAACAUGGCCUUUGUAGCCACGUUGUUCAACAAACACCCGGCUCUCACCAAACCAGAGAACCAAGACUGGAAUCUGGAGAGUGAGACCAGAGAGGAGAGAACUUUCAGGAACUGGAUGAACUCUCUCGGAGUCAGUCCACAUGUUCACCGUAUCUACGGGGAUCUGCACGAUGCCUUGGUGAUUCUCCAGCUUUAUGAAAAGAUUAAAGUGCCGGUGGACUGGGAGGGUAGAGUCAACCACCCUCCAUUCAAAGGAGUAGGAGGAGGACAUUUAAAAAAGAUGGAAAACUGUACCUAUGCUGUGGAGCUGGGUAAGAAAAGUGCUGGUUUUUCCCUGGUGGGAAUUGGCGGACAGGACCUCUAUGAUGGAAAUCCAACUCUAACUCUGGCGCUGGUGUGGCAGCUGAUGAGGAGGUACACUUUAAAUGUUCUGGAAAACCUUGGACAUGGAGCAGUUGCAGGAGAUGAUUUGAUAAUUUCGUGGGUCAACAAGACUUUGGUUGAGGCUGGCAAGAGUUCCUCUAUCAAAAGCUUCAAGGACAAAACAAUCGGUACCAGUAUUCCAGUUCUGGACCUGAUUGAUGCCAUUCAGCCAAAGAGUGUGAACUUUGAGCUGGUUCACACAGGAAGUCUGUCAGACGAAGACAAACUGAACAAUGCCAAGUAUGCCAUUUCCAUGGCGAGGAAGAUUGGUGCAAAAGUCUACGCCCUGCCUGAGGACUUGGUGGAGAUCAACCCCAAAAUGGUGAUGACCAUCUUCGCGUGCCUGAUGGGGAGAGGCAUGAAGAGGGCUUAGACGACACUCAUUCACACACACUGACUGCCUUCGCCUGUUUGAUGGGAUGAGACACGAAGAGAGUGAACACAGCUGUAUUGUCUUGUUCUUUUAAGCGGUUAUUCAGCGUUAGCCAAAAAUAGAAGUGUCACUUUAUCCAUCUGUUCUGCAUUCAGUGAAUAUUUGUGUACUUUGAUGCAGUCAGUCGUAAUCUUCUUAGGGUGCAAAAGGAAUUUAAAUGUUCUAAAUGGUCAGAUAGUUUGCAGUGAAGUGAGUCUUCUGUAAUGGCUACAUGGUAAAUACUGGGGGAUUUGUUUUGGUUGAGUGCCUAGUGCAUGCUGGGAUAGACUCCUGUGGUUCUGAUGAGGGGUACACCUGUUGAGAAAAUACAUAUAUAAAAGGUUUUGUUUCUUUAAAUGUAAAGGCUAUGAUACAUGGGAAACAUUUAAAGACAAUGGCCACUUAACAUCUCUCAGCCUUGGAAAGCAAAAAUUCAAGGUGGUGAUCUUUCUAGUGUAUCCUCAGCUUUUCAGGGUUUUUAAAAUGACAAUUAACUCCUACCUCUGCAUAACUGCUUUCUUCCCCCAAUGACCUACUGACAUAUCAAAGCUUCCCCUGUGUCACUGCCUCAUGAUAUACUGACUAAGUUCUGGUGUAUCUUCCACUGUGCCAGCCAAUUCACAGUAUGAGCAUUUAUUGUACUUAAGCCAUAAUAUAAUACUCCUUACUGAAUACCAAAGCUGCGCUAGAUUAUAGUCUUCACACUAGAAACUAAAACACACUAUGAAAGUCUUUCAACCUGCCAUAAAUACAGAUAAAAUUAAGGUAUUUUAAUGAGAUUUUAAGGGGAUAAUUAUUAGAUUAAUGCAUGUAAUAUAUUUGAACUUUUUAUAAAGAACACAUCACAACACAUUAUUUUAAGGAUUUAAAAACCUUUUAACACUGACUAAAUGGUAAAUGGCAGUUUCUAUUCUAAACUGUAGACUUCUGAAAUGUAAAAUGUCAAAAGCUGCCUCAGCUUUAGUAUAAACUCAACAUGCAAGCAAUAAUUAAAAUAUGACUUCAGCUGUAAGAAAAAAUUCUAAUGCUGUAUUAGUCUUACAUAUUAUUACAUUUUGUCUUAAUGCUGCAGUUGAUCCAGGUUAGUUGCUGCUGAUGUUAACAUUCCCUUAUUGUUAUCAUGUGUCCAGUGAAGCAUUUCCAGUCAAUUGUUUUAUUUUAUUGGCCCUUUGGAAAGCAGCUGUGGGCAAAAAUAUUGCCUUACAUGCUAGCAAUACAUCCAAACUUCAAUGUACAACAGAUCACAAUGUUAAAUAAAAGCAUUCUUUCAAAUAUAGUUU